AUGGUGACAGGGAGGGAGGGGGGGAGGGGGAAGGCGCUGCUGCCGCUGCUGCUGCUGCUAGCUGCAGCAAGGGGGCAGACCGUGUCUUUCCUGGAGCCUGUGAAUGGUUCCACCUUCCUGGAGGGUAGCAACGUCUCUGUUGUGUUCUCAGCUUCUACAGCGUGCAAGACCGCACUUUACCUGGAUGGGGACCUUGUCCUCAGCUCCGACAUGCAACCAGGGGAGCGAUCCUCGGUGCUACUUUAUCCUGUCAGUGCUGGAAGUAAGGUGCUGAGCUUGCGCACCAUCUUGCCUGGAAGUUCGGGGACGACGUUCGAGUCGAGCGAGGUAAUGUUUUUGGUUAUUCCGGAUCCGAGCGGUGGAGCGAAAUCGACGGACAAGUUUGUUUCAGACGACAGGGAGGGUUUGACGACAUGCCAGGAUCCUAUCGCGGCGGCAUCGAGGGAGGAUGGCGGACGCUGGAAGAACGAUUGGUACUUCCCGAAUGACUGCAAGCUUUCUCGAUAUCGCAAGGUCGACCCUGUCGCUGUGCCGGGAGACUCGUUGGUCCGCCACCUGUUCGUUAGCCUUGCAAGUACCUGCCUCGAGGACGACAGAGAUGGAGACCUGCUGACGCUGGAGGACGAAGCAUACUCGCCCGAGGAGAUCGAAGAGAUCAGGACGAAAUGCUCGAGGAAACUCAGAUACAUGAAUCAUCUCUUCUGCGAGGGGAAGAUCAAGACGAGUUUCAAUAUCGGGGAGGGAGGGAGGCUCCUCUACUACGGGAUGUGGCGCUUCAUUCAUCGCAAUCUCUUCCUCCAAGAGGUCUACCGCAUGCUGGACGGUCCGGGGGCUCCCUCGCUCAUCGUGCUUGGGGUGGGGAACCACGAGCUGAAUGCGGUGAGGGUGGCAGGAACUGAUGCAGCGUGCCCCGAGGAGUGUCUGUGCUCAGCCGGGUUCAGCUCGUGGUUCGAUACCCUGAGGGUAAUCUUUGAGGGGGAUCGAUACCUUCGGACUAUUCCCAUCGUCUUCGUCCUCCCCUCGGCUCAAAACGAGGACUUGAAGCCGCCCGACUACGCAUGGCAGAACAACGACCUGGUCCUGCUCUUCAAUGAGCGAGCCAAGUCGAUUUUCUCCCCCAGCUCCAACGUGAGGAUCUUUGACACGUUCUGGAUGACGACGAUGAGGAUGCAGGACAGCGUCGACUCGAUCCACUAUGGCAAAGCAACCAAUGCGAUGCUGGUACAGGUGCUGCUGAACCAUGCGUGCAAGUGA